AUUUUGGGAGCUGCACAGCUCGCCGCGCGAGAGACUACGUCGUUUAAGAUCUCAUCGCUGCAGACAUUUUACUACCGACUAACGAACCACAGCGUUUACGAGAGCCAUGAGCACUCCGGACGCGGCCGCAGGCGCGAUGCCGCCACCGCCGCGCCCAGACGCCGCGGACGCCGCAGCGAUGCCGCCGCCACCCCCCAUACCAACAAACUCGAAGACGAACCCGGACCUGCCCAUCGCCGGCGCGCGCGCGGACAUCGUGCGAUUACUGCGAGAGCACGACUUUUUGGUCGUGGUGGGCGACACUGGUAGUGGUAAAACCACACAAUUACCGGCCUACCUGCUGGAGGACGACGAAUCAAGGACAGACAACGACACGUUCGCGCCGGUGGCCAUCACGCAGCCUCGACGCGUCGCCGCGACGAGUGUUUCGCGACGAGUCGCGGAGGAGCGCGCCGUCACGCUGGGAGGUGAGGAAGUAGGCUACAAGGUGCGGUUUGAUAGUGUAGCGCAGCGGGCCACGAAAUUGACCUUUAUGACGGACGGGGUUUUAGUGCGAGAGUGCGUGGGCGACGGCCGCCUGACAAAGUACAAAACUAUUGUCUUAGAUGAAGCCCAUGAGAGAUCUGUGGACACCGACGUGUUGUUCGGGCUGGUCAAGCAAGCUGUUGAAUUGAGAAAAUCUACAAAUGAUAAACUGAGAUGCGUCGUCGCCUCAGCCACACUAGACGCAGCGAGGUUCAGCCAGUACUUCGACGGCGCUCCGGUAUUACGAGUGCCCGGCCGCUCCCACCCGGUAGACAUCUACCACAGCAAGCAGCAGCAGCCGAUGACGCGCUUCGGCCCCGCCGACAAGAGGUAUGUAUCGGCAGCCGUCGACGUCGCGGUGCAGAUCCACAAGUCGCAGAAUGAAGGACAUAUUUUAAUAUUCUUAACGGGCCAGGACGAGAUCGAGAAUGCGUGCCAGGCGCUGAGGAGGGAAGCCGCUAAACUGGAAGAUACUAUAGUAGUAGGUGAAAGAGGACCGGCGAUGCUCGUGCUACCUUUGUACGGUGCCUUGCCGCAGGAGGCCGCAGAUAGGGUUUUCGAUGCCGUGGAUGCGUCGCAAAUUAGAAAGGUCGUCGUGGCCACAAAUAUUGCUGAGACGUCGCUCACCGUACCGGGUGUCAAGUAUGUGGUGGACCCCGGUUAUGUGAAACAAAAGGGCUACGAUCCGGAACGAGCCGUGGCAUCAUUAGUAGUAGUACCUAUUUCCAAAAUUGCUGCGGAGCAGCGCGCGGGUCGCGCGGGCCGAACCGAGGCGGGCCAGUGUUAUCGAUUGUACUCGAAGGCGUGUUUUGAUGCGAUGGCCCCUGAGACGAUCCCGGAAAUCCGCCGGUCGUCGAUGGCGUCGGUGGCCUUGGCUCUGAAAUCGUUGAGAAUUGUAGAUGUGUUGGGCUUCGAUUUCUUGGACGCGCCGGACCAGAAGCAAUUAGCGUGUGCUUUGUUAGAGCUUCACGCGCUCGGGGCGCUGGAGUCCCACGGUAUCCUGACGCCAUUGGGUCAUGCGAUGGCCUCGUUAGCGUUGGAACCGGAUCUCGCACGAGCAGCUCUGGAGAGCGUCCACUUCACGGGCGAAGGGACGACGGACCCUACGGUGCGCAACGCCGUUUUGGCAGUGGUGGCGAUGCUCUCGGCCGAGGACGUCUGGUACGUCGGGGGCAAGGCGUCGGACCGGCGGGGCGCGCCGUCCGCGCGGCGCGACGCCGCGGACCAGCUCCGCGACGAGGCGCUGGACGCCCACGCGCGGUUCCGGCACCCUAGAGGUGAUCUCAUCUCAUUACUAGUGGUCUUCUCGGAGUACGAGCGCGCCUGUCGCUCGGGAGGCGAGCGGACCUUCGCUAGAAAGCAUUCAUUAAGAGAUCGAGCUUUACGGUUCGCGCGGAAGGCACGAGAUCAGUUAGAUGCGGAGCUCGCGCGGUGCGAGCGGCGCGAGAACAAGAGGAGGCGGGAGUCUUCGGAUGGAAGAGUGGAUUUGGACGAGGUGUGCCGCGCGCUGGCGGCGGGCCUGUGCCUGAACGCGGCCGAACGGACGUUGAACGACGCCUACUUAUUGCUACCGUCGGCGUCGGCCCACGUUCAAGAAAACAAACCGGAGAAGUCGCUCGUUCGAUUAGACGCCGAGACGGAGGCGCCGAUGAGCCGGCCGCCGGACCACAUCUGCUUCCACGAGUUACGGGUCAACCGCCACGCGAAGGGCUCCUUCGCGCGGAACGUGGUCGUGGUCGACGGGAAAUGGCUGAAGAAGUGUCGGAAGCGCGUGGGGACGGCGGACGUGGGCCUGCUGUGUGGCAAGGAGGCUUCCACGAAGGCCCCGGUGGUGGUGGCUGCGACGGCGGCCGCGGCGCCGGCGGCGUCGUCUGCGACGGCGGCAGCGCCGGUCGUCGACAGCGGCCAGGCGGUCGACGCGGCGCGGGCGCGCUUCCUGGCGCGGAAGAAGCAGUCGAAGACUCGAAAGUAAAUUGUGAUGUGUUUUUUUAAUGGUAGAUUCUAAGGAGCGAUCGGCUACGGGAAGGAAGUUCAAGGUUCACGCGAGUUCUGUGGUGAAUUUGCGAGGCGGAUGGUUCGCCUGCGGAUUGUCCGC